AUGACGACACUCAAUCCCUUGUCCUGGGCCACCUGGCUGGCCGAAAAUGAAGACAAAUUACGACCUCCGGUCAACAACUGCUGUCUCUAUCAGGGGAAUGACUUUAUCCUGAUGGCAGUGGGAGGGCCUAACGAACGCAAUGACUAUCAUGUUAAUGAAACCGAAGAAUGGUUCUACCAAGUCAAAGGCGACAUGCUUCUCCGGAUCGUAGAGAACAAUACAUUUCGCGACAUCCCUAUCAAAGAGGGCGAGAUGUUCCUUCUUCCAGGAAACACACCCCACAACCCCGUCCGAUACAAAGAUACCAUCGGUCUAGUGAUGGAACGACAACGACCGGCGGAAUCUCGCGAUCGACUGCGAUGGUACUGUACCAAGGGAAAUCAUCCCUCGCCUACAAUCAUCCGCGAGGAGGUCUUUCACUGCUCAGACCUCGGGACACAACUGGAGCCAAUCAUCGAGAGGUGGCAGCAAGACGAGGAGAGUCGACGAUGCGGGGAAUGCGGUUGUAUUGCAGAUCUAAAGUGA